UGUUCUUUUUUCUUCCUUCCAUGAUCAAGUCACAGUCUUUAAAACACUCUCCAACACACUUCACCAUUCAUCAUAACAUAACAUCACAUAAUAAUAACAACAUAACAUAACAUAACCUUCACUGCACUGCACUACUGCUCCUAAGUCCUAAAUCCUGAGUCCUAAGUUGUGCUGUCUCCAUUCUCUUUUGUCCUCUCUUCAUUUGGCACACUAUUUAACUCCCCCUACCACACUCACAUUUCCUCACCCCAUUUCACUCCAAAUUUUCUUUGCCAUUUCCCUACCCAUGUCAACCUCUAGAACCUCAGAUACACCCUUCAAAGGAUAUGAUCCCAACCAAACCCAAAUGUGUCUCUCUCUUCUCCAACGCAACACUUCUCCUUGUGGUGAAAAAAGAGGCAGAAGGAAGCAAGCAGAGCCAGGAAGGUUCCUCGGGGUCAGAAGACGCCCUUGGGGUCGAUAUGCUGCUGAAAUCAGAGACCCCACAACCAAAGAAAGACAUUGGCUUGGCACCUUCGACACUGCUCAGGAAGCAGCUCUUGCUUAUGACAGAGCUGCUCUCUCCAUGAAAGGAACACAGGCAAGAACCAACUUUGUUUACUCCGACAACAUCAACUUCCACACUACACUUUCUCCUGAGGAUGUUCAACUCCAACUUCAACUUCAACUCCAACCUCUCCUCCCACCUUCACAGUUCCUCACCAACACCACUCACACAAAACAACCAAACAACCACCAGAAUACCCUCGUUCACACUUCAAACUGUGGAAACCCCUCCCCAUUGAACAAUGACGUCGCGUGUGUUGAAAUUGAAACUUCAGAUAGUUUCUUCUUUUCCAGUGAUUCUAACUCGGGCUAUCUGGAAUGCAUUGUUCCUGAUAACUGUUUCAGACCUUCUGCUUCUGCUUCCGGUUCCUCCAGAAGCAACAGUUCAAACUCCAGAAAGAGCGAUGUGAGCGAUCAAAAGGCUCACACAAACUACUCCAUUGAGAGUACUAAUCAUCAUCAUCAUGAUCAGCAGCAGCAGCAGCAGAAGCAGUACCCACAUGCUGACAUGAGUUCAUUCUCUCAAGAAAUGGCAGCAAGGGGUUCUAACUUUUCAGAGUUUUGUUAUCCAAGUGAAGUGAGUCAAGGAUCAUGGGAUGAUCAACAGUCAUGGGAUUGGAACUGCAGUGAACUUUCAGCCAUAUUUAAGAACCCAUUAAGGGUGGAAAAUGGGUGCAUGGAUGCAAUGUACCACCACCCCAUCAUGAGUGAUGAUGAUCAGAGUGGAAGCUAUGGAGUAAUGAAUAAUGAGGGUGCUUCUUCUACUACCUGUUCUCCAUCACUUCCACCCUUUGGGGACGUAGACUUGGGAUACCCACUCUUCUGAGUCUCAGAGUGAGAGGUGCAUUUAUCAAGGAGUUUGUGUCUUAGUUAGCCCUUGUGUACUUGCAUUGCAUGCACUUGUACGUUUUUUUCUUUUUAAUUUUCCUUGUAACUUGGGUCUAUAGCAACCCUUUUAUCCUUCUUCUAAUGUAAUUACUAAAUUGCACACAUCAUGGGAUGAGUGAUUUAGGUUUUGAGAUGUUGAAAAAGGCUCCACUACUACUUUCAAAUCAAU